UCAACACUCUUCACUCUCUCAAUCUCAAUAAAAACAAACUUACCUCUCUAAAUCUUCAUCUCUCUUUCUAUGGCUCUCCAAGCUUUGAAUUCUUCGCUUCACAUGGAAUCAUCCACUGUUAAUGUUGAUUCUCACUCGAUUGAUCAGCCAUGGACGAAGAAGAGUCGUUCCAAGCGUCCCCGGUCCACCGAAUCAUCCACCGAAGAGGAGUAUUUGGCUAUCUGUCUCAUCAUGCUCGCUCGUGGAUCUAGAGACGAUCCAAUCUCUCAACCGAUUCAGUCAGAUUCGAAAUCGGGUUCAUACAAGUGUACCGUCUGUGAUAAGUCGUUCAAUUCAUAUCAAGCGCUCGGCGGACAUAAAGCCAGUCAUCGGAAACCUGUCUCUGUUUCCGCCGAUGAACAACCGUCUACCUCUAUUACAAACGUAUCUGCAAUCAAUCCGUUGAAUCCUAGCGGUAGGAUGCACGAGUGUACGAUCUGUCACAAAUCGUUCACGACAGGUCAGGCGCUCGGCGGUCACAAGCGUCGGCACUACGAUGGAGGAAACAGCAAUAGUAGCGCGGUUUCUUCAUCGGAUGGUGCUGGGUCAAGCCAUAGUCACCUUCUGCACGAUUUCGAUCUGAACUUACCGGCUUUGCCGGAGUUGGGUUUUGGAUUGACAGUUGAUUGUCGGAUGAAAAGUAAAUUGGGUGGGGAACAGGAAGUUGAAAGUCCUUUGCCAACGAAGAAGGCGAGAUUAUCGUUGAUGACAGCUUAAAUUACAACUAGAUUAUAGAUAAAAGUAGUAGAAGUUCUUCAUCUUCAUCAUGUGAUUUGAUUUAUUUAUGAUAGUUAUGAAUCUUCUUUACAGCUAUUAGCUUUAUCUCUGUUGUUGUUGGUUGUGUACAGAAGAGAAUAUAGUUUGAUUUUUCAUGUUUGUUGA